AUGCAGGCACUCGCGAGGCAGUCGUUCACCAACCAGGCGCUCCGCCGCACCUUUGCCCGCCCCGCGGCCCUCGUUCCGGCGCGGUCUGUCUCGACGCAGCCCAUGUCGAAGGAGGAGGCGCUCGAGUACCUCAACCAGCAGCGUGCGAAGCGAGCAUCGUCGCCCUGGCACAUCUACCAGCCUCAGUUGACCAGCAUCUCGUCGAUCGCCAACCGUGUGACCGGCACUGGCCUCUCUGUCGCGUUCUAUGGCAUCUUCCUCAGCCACGUCAUCGCCCCCGUCUUCGGCGCGUCGGUCGACUCAGCCGCCCUCAUCGACGCCUGGACGGCCCUCCCCUCCUUCCUCCAGCUCACCACCAAGACCGCCGUCGUCGGCGCGACCACCUACCACACCUUCAACGGUCUCCGUCACCUGAGCUGGGACAUGGGCUACUUCCUCAACCUCAAGACGUCGUACAUGGCCGGCUACGCCGUCCUCGGCGCCACGGCUGUCUCGACCGCCGCCAUCCUCGCCAUGUAA